AUGGCGAAAUGGUACGAAGACGAAGCAUUUGCAAACAAAGUUUGUAAGCUUGUUUACGACAAUUACGAGCGUUUGGGAAAGAAAGGAAAACCUGUAGCAGGAAGAGAAUGGACAAUGUUAGCUGCUGUUGUCGCUGUCUUUGAACAGGAGCAAGGAGAAGGUACGAAAAUACAUGGUAAGACAUCUAGUUUUAUAACACUAUGGCGGUAAAUUUAAAUUUGUACAUAAUUUCUGAAGAUAAUAACUAAAGCAGUAAAUUUGAAGUAAUGAUUUUGAUAUUUAUCGUAAAAGAAAAGAUAUGACGAGUAUUUUUGUAUAAUUGUACAAGUAUAAUGUACUCAAAUUAUCAAGGUUUUGGGCAUAUUAAAACCUGAUAUUAAACUUGAUUGAUUUCGGGAGGUAGCCUCGCAUGGGCUAUAUUUAUGGCCCGUUCGCUAUUUUCCCGUUUAGGAACUGCAUGUUUGUUGUAUUUGUACCUUAUUAAUGUAAUAUAUUUAGUUCCUAAUAAAGCUGUUAAAAAAAAAAAACUGACUGAAAUCUGAAUGUUGAAGGUUUUUGAAGAUGGAAAUUUUGAAUUGGAAUUGUAUAUAUUUUGUACAUGAAUGAUACUGUUUUACUGGAAAUUUCCAUCUACAAAAACCCUUAAAUGUUCAAAUGGGGCUUUGGUGGCGAAGUGGUUAGCGCAAUUGCCUUUCACUUCUAAGGCCGCGCCUGACUGGAAAGCUUGGAAAUUGUGCGGUCGAGAUUUUGAAAAUUUAAUAGUAAAUAUAUAGAAAGUAAAUAUACUGGAGGCCACAGGUUCAAGCCUCAGUGAGAACUUUCUCAAUGUGACCUGAACCCAGUCCUCGUGCGAAAAGAGUAAAAGUCAACGCUCUGCUGAAAGUCAUGGGUUUCCUCCAGGUACUCCGGUUUCCUCCCACAGGGAAAGUUGACAGGGUGGGUUAGGUAAAAGGGUCCACAGUAAUUGGCAUAUGCUGUUGUGGUGACCCUGCCCUAGUUGGCAAAGCUAAAUAAAUAAAAUGUUUCAAUGUUUGUGCCAUCCCAACAAGAGAAAUUUGCACCCCCCCUCCCCUGAAAUUUAAAUGCUCAUUGGAUUAAGUGACAGCUGACUGAUUAAAACAAGGAUUUUGAACUAAAUAAGACCAAAAAUCUCAAAAUUUCUUGGGGGUUUCACCCCUUAUACCCCCAACCUUGCCCCCAGACUGUGCUUCCAGGACCCUGCUGCAGCUUGCUCAGAGGCACUACGUGCCCCCUCACUCACCUCCCCUCUGAGUUUUUGGCACCCCCAGAGCAAAAUCUGAAAAUCCAUCUAUGAAUGAAACAUGACACAUUUUAGGGCCAAGUAAUUUAGUGUUUUGCUUCCAAUUUCUAUUGGUCAAUUUUUUUGUCAUCAAGAAGUAAACAAAUAUAGAAUGUAAACCCAUUCAAGUGUUGGGAAUGCAUUCACAAUGGUAAUUUCACCAUUUCUACCAGACAUAUAGUAUAUAUGUGUUAUGUGUGCUUUGUCUAGAUUAUAAGGUGGAGUUAAUAUCAUUAGGCACUGGAUCAAAAUGUCUAGGCAGAAAUCAACUCACUUCAACAGGUGUGUAACAAAACCUCAACCAAUAUCCUAUCAUGGUACUAUUUUUCAAAGAUGCAAAGUAUUUUUCUGUCAAUCAGUCAAUGUUAAUCUGAUGUAAAUAAACCAUGAACUUUAGUUUCUUGUAAAUAACUUUGAUCAUUAGUGCAUCACUAUAUAAUAUUGGUGUACACUUCUGAGUAUUACAUUUUAUUUAAAUAGGAAAUCUUUUAAACGAUAGCCAUGCUGAAGUUGUUGCACGCCGAGGUUUUCUGAGGUAUAGAUAUUGUAUAAUGUUGGCCAAUAAUGAGUUCAUCCUUUUGAUGUGUAAUGUCCCCGUCGCCCCCCACUUUUCUUGAAGAGUAAAAUUGUAUGAUAUUUUGAUGCCUAAAGUGUGGGGGCUGGUGGGGGGGGGGGGGAUUUCCUGUUCCUGAUAGAGGAUGUAUUUGUAAUGAAUAUUUCCUCAUCACAAGGUUAAUUAAAAUUGAUGUAAAGCACCAGUUAUGUGAUAAUGAGUACAUACAAACUUUACCAAAAAAUUGAAGCAAAGACUAAGCUUCAUGUUUUAUUUUUGUCCAUGGUUGUCCCCAUGAUCCUUUUAAAAAAGUUUAACGGUGUCAUUCUGUUUUCGUGUUCAGGUAUCUUUAUCAAGAGCUGGAAAAUGCAUACACCUCCAGACAAAGUAUUUUUAUAACCAAUGAAGAAAAUCAUGUGUGUUCUUUAAAAAAUUAUGUCAGCUUUCAUCUGUUCUCGUCUCAUACACCUUGUAAGUUUUCCUUGCUAAACAUUUCGUUUCACUUUCCAUUCCUUAAAACGCAACCAUUUAACUGAGGUCAGAAUUAUAUUUUAUAUUAAGCUUAGACUCACAAUCAAUCAUACCAAAUUCAUCUAUAGGAAAUAUGCAUCUGUAGUUAAUAUUGAUGACGGGACUCUACUGAAAAUCGCCCAGCAGAAAACUGCCCAGCAGAAAACUGCCCAGCAGAAAACUGCCCAGCAGAAAACUGCCAAUAGGUGCCUCGGUGCACUGGUAGUUGUUCUCUAGAAAUUUUAACUUGUCAGUGUUCCUAUUAACAAAGAUUUUAAUACACUAAUGGUAACAGAUAGUAAAUACAUAACAAAAUAGGAAUUAUAUAAAAUUUAUUUUAAAACUGCCAGCAUCCCCACUUUAAUGACCCCUACUAUAUUCACUAAUUAAUUCGCAGGUGGAGAUGCUUCGAUAUUUCCCAAGGGAGAAGACUCAACAAUGAUUAUUAACAAUGCGAAAAGGAAAAAUGUCGACUUGAACGACCAAGACUGUCCAUCUAGUAAAUACCUUUGCGUGGAAGAACUAGGACAACAGGUUGAAGAUCAAUGCCAAAAUGAACGUAAUUUUUGUGAAAACGUCCAGGAUUCUGACUUACAAAAUCAAAAUAUCGGGACCGGUUCAGAUAUUCACAGAACCGGUGCAAAGUGCGUUCCUGAUGGUCUGCAAGAUGCACAUGAUCUUGGCUCGUACUAUCACAAUGUUGGUAUUUUACGAACUAAGCCAGGCAGAGGUAACCCCACACUGUCAAUGUCGUGUAGUGAUAAAAUAAUGAAAUGGUGCGUAUUAGGUAAGGUGAAUACUAGGUUGGUUUUAUGCUAAUGUUUUGCAUUUUCAAAAACAGUAGUUCAACGUUCAAACAUCAAUAGCGCAGUCAAUAUUUAAUUUAAUUUAAUUUAAUUUAAUUGCUUUUCCAUCAUUGUGUGAUAUAGACAUAAACACAUACGCACCCACACAAACGCAAACACAAACACAAAUACGAACACACUAAACUGAUGGCUGGGUAACCACAACAGCCUGAAAAGCCAAUUACUGUGGGCCCAAAAGAUUAAAACACAAACAUAUAUACAAUUAAAACGCCUAAAAACAGCAGUUCACUGGUUCGGUUAACGUUCUUGCACUGUUGCAUUUCGGGCAGAUAGUUUUAAAUGUUCUUGGAUCAUCACAUUCGUACGCUUUCUACAAUGCGGCAAAAUAAUAUCUUUGCAUUACUGACUUAAACGUGCCCAGGUUUUCCAUACUUAUGCCUAACGUGUCCGUUAAAGUGUUCCAAGUUCUGAUUGUUCUAAUCCAAAAAGAUUUUUGGAAAGUCGUUGUUCUGCAUUGCGGUACUUCGUACUUCGCUGUAUUGGUGUUGUUAGAAGCUCUUGUGUUCAGUCUCGUUUUCUUACGUAAAACAAAGGACGAAUUUGUUAAGCCGUGUAUUACUUUGAAAAAGUACACCAUAUCAAGAUACUCGUGCCAAUAGCAUAUUGGAAGUAGUUGGAGAGCCUGCAGUCUGGAUACUGGAUAAUAUUGCAUGUAAAUUCAAGUCCAAGUUAGUUCUUUCUGAAUAAUGAUCUUUAUUUUAUUGCGAUAGCUUUCAUAGCUUUUACGUUACAUGAAAUCAAACGGUGUCCAGCUUUUUGGGGGACAUCCGGUAGAGAGGUUCAGAUUUCCACUACCAUUAAAGGUGGAGUAAUACGAGCAACAAAAUUGCUGCAACUUGCAACAAAAUCUGAUUUCAACGCAUGUUAAGUAGAAAUGUUGACACAUGUUGCCUCGUGAUUUGUAAUGUAUGUGUGAACAUUUUCAAUUAACAUGCGUUGAAAUCAGAUUCUGUUGCAAGUUGCAGCAAUUUUGUUGCUCGUAUUACUCCAUAUUAACCAAUCAGAUGCGUUUAAUCUACAGGAUUAUCCAAACCCAUAAACUAUUGUAUCCACCUAUUCAGUGGAGAAGUUAGCCAUGGCAACUGGUCAUGCUAUGCUAAUAAACCUGCAUCUAAGUACUGUACGUGAAAGAAAAUGCAUUUCUAAACGUUUGAAUAAUGCAAAUCAUCGAACGUGUUGCUAUGGUUAGCUUCGCCACUUAACCUAUUUGUUUAACCAAUUCUAAUGCGGAAAAUAAUAUUAUUCGAAUAAUAUAUUUGAAUUGGAAGUGAUAAGAUAUUCAAAUGAUGCGUGUUAUUACAGUUCAUCAAUGUUUGGGCGAGGUGUACUACUAAAUAAUAUUCGAAUAAUAUAUUUGAAUUGGAAGUGAUAAAAUAUUGAAAUGAUGCGUGUUAUUACAGUUCAUCAAUGUUUGGGCGAGGUGUACUACUAUUAAGCUUUCUAUUUGAAUUAGGUUGUCAAGGUGCGUUGAUUUCACACUUUCUUGCGAAGCCAGUAUAUUUUUCAUCCGUUGUACUCGGGAAAUGUGCAUACGACGCGUCAGCAAUGAGACGAGCGGUGUCUGAGAGGGCUGGUGCCGUGAGUGUGCUCCCAGAGGAGUAUGUGGUGACAGAACCCAGGCUUCUGCAAGGGGAAGUGGAAUUUGAACAUAGUAAAAGAAAGACAGAGGAAAUGAAUGGGGAAGGAAAAGGGGAAGAUAAGAAAUUAACAGCAUCACCCUCAGGUAUGGGCUUUGGGGGCGCAGUAAUCAAAACAAGCGCCUUUCACCUCUGAGGCUUCUCGCUAUGGACUCAUGUGAAGUCAACGCUCUGCCGAAAGUCGUGGGUUUUCUCCGGGUGCUCCGAUUUCCUCCCACAGGGAAAGUUGACAGGGUGGGUUACUACCAUUUUCGAGCUUCCGUGAAGCGUGCAUUUAUAACUAGGUUUUAAAACGUUUCUUCAGCGUGAGUUUGUCAUACAAAACUUUUCGUUUUGCUCCUAAAACAUUUUGUUUUGACAUAAUAACUUCUGUGGGCGUGGUAUAAAACAUAUUAGCGAGCUUAAGAUCUACAACGCGAACUUACGACGCGGACGUGCUUAGCUAAGCCUAGUUUUCGAGUGUAAGCCUAGUCAGAGUUGUCACAGUUUAUUUCUGCGAGAUUUGUGACACUGUUAGGACACGUUAACAGCCAUACGAAAUGAUAGAAACCAGGCUUUAUAGACUAUUGUUACGAAUGCACAUUUUCCCGCCAAAACUACCAUCCGAGACGACGUGAUAUUUGCAAAGAUUCGUCGUCAUAGAAGUCGUAAAAACUUAUGAUAAAAAAUAUCUUCUUAAUAUAUUGCUAGCCUCUGUUAUGUUGUACAUUUUUUCCAGUAUAAUUUCAUUUUUUUUACUGUGAUAAAAAUAUUUUAAUGGUAUUUGCCAUCGUUUUAAAAUAAAACUUGCUUAAUGCGACGUCCGCGUCGUAAGUUCGCGUUGUAGAUCUUAAGCUCGCUAUUGUUUUGCACGCGAAACUUUGAAUUUUGGCGUCAAAACUCAAAAGGACACUUGUAUUAUAGAGGUUUGGUUACGUAAACACAUCCAGAAGGUGCUAUAAAUCUGUCAUUCCGCUUUCUAUAGCAAUGUUGUCAGUAUAAACGCGUCCGUAUGAAAAAUAAGAAGAAAUUUUAGCGUGCAAAACAAUGUGCUUGACACCACGUCCACAAAAGUUAUUAUGGCAAAACAAAAAGUUAUGAUUGACAAACUCAUGCUGAAGAAACGUUUUGAAACGUAGUUAUAAAUGCACGCUUCACGGAAGCUCGAAAAUGGUAGUAGGAUAAACACAGUUAAGUUAGGAUAAACACAGUUAAGUUAGGAUAAACACAGUUAAGUUAGGAUAAACACAGUUAAGUUAGGAUAAACACAGUUAAGUUAGGAUAAACACAGUUAAGUUAGGAUAAACACAGUUAAGUUAGGAUAAACACAGUUAAGGAAUAAUCUAGGCUAAGUAUCUAAUUAGGUAAGCGUACAAUACUUGAUGUAAAGCGCAUUUGAUCAUACCCACAUGUAAAUUUGAGCUAUAGAAAUGUUAAUCUUAAUCUAGGACUGCUCUAUAGAUCGAUUAAUCCAGUAUAAGUAUAAAGCUACGGAUACACGGGCAAUACUUUUCUGGCGAUGGCAAUGCAAUGGUGGUAAAGUCGUUGCAUUGCCGUCGCGAGAGAGAAACUAGGGAGCUUUAGAUUUGACUACGAGUACGACUACGAGUACGAGAUUCGUCAAGCGAAAACGCAUGCUGUAUGCUUACGCCAUCCCGUACUGACGCGAAAAAGUCGUAGCCGUCGCCCAUCUGAGUACGAACUUGCGGAUAAAUCUCGUAGUCCUCACGACGACUUUUCAAAAAAACAAAGAAAGUUGACUUUUUUUUGUUUUCCAAAAAUAAUUUCUAGCAUUUAUAUAGCGUUUAUCCGGCGCAAAUAAUAUAUUAAUACUAAAUAUCUGGCCUGUUUUUAAUGUUAUGACUUAUUUUCACGUUUUGUAGGGGAUUUUAGUCUGCAGGAGAUUUAGUUUAUGAAACUUUUUCUCUCGUUGUUGGUUUACUGCUAUAAAAACAACAUUUGAGUGAAAACGAAAACGACUACGGUAAUUUCCUAGCACGCGAUCAAAUCUCGUACUCGUAGUCGUACUCGUAGUCAAAUCUAAAGCUCCGUAUUGAUCGUGUAUCAUGCUCUGCGACGGCAACGCAAAGCUGCGCGCAAUCGUUGCCGAAAUUUCAAAUCAUUUGAUUUUUGGCAAUGAUUGCCGAAAAUUGGGAGGUGUGGUUUAGGAAGGUCAAGGUUGAUGAAUGACAGGUUUCUUGACCAGCCAAUGAGAAGCGUUGUGAAGACAUAUAUUGCAGGUGAAAUAUUGCAGGUGUAGCCACCUUGUGCGACGGCAACGCAAUACUGUUAUCAACCAUUGCGUAACCAUCGCAGCAAAAAUAUUGCUCGUGUAUCCGAAGCUUAAGUAUAAGUAUAAGUAAAGUUAGUUUAGCUGAGUUUUCGUUGAUGAUAUUAAGUACAUUGUUUUCUAUAGCUAUAAUAAUGGUGAAGAACCCACUCUUACUUGAGAUUUCCGUGAAUGGUUUAAAACAAGGGGUAACGAAAGCCAACAGAAACUCACAGAAAUCAAGGUGAGUUCUUCCUCACACUACACACACACCAAACAGUUCUGGAUUCACUCCGAGCACUUCGGUUUCCUUCUGAUUUCUUUCCCAAUGUUAAUGAGAAUGACCGUUCCUGGACGUCUAAGACUCUAGGCAGCUCAGUUACUUUAGAGCUGACACCUCUAUCCAGCGCAAAUAAAGUUAGUUUAGGUUUCCUUCUGAAGCACCACUAUUAGGGAUGAUCCUUACUGGACCUCUGGGGAAAAGUAAUGGUUUCAUUUUGUCUUAUUUGCUUUAAUGACGUGAAGUGUCAACCAUACAGAUAUUAUAAGAGGUGUAUUAAAUGGUUUCUUUGUAAAGAAGCCAGUUUCAAUUCCAUUAGUCACAUAUUACUCAAACUAUCUAGAUUACAGUUGUCUAUAGAAUAUAAGUCAAACUUAUAUUCUUUGUAAACGCAGUGAGGCAAAUAUUGGUCUAUAUGGCAGAUCCUGACCUGACGGGUCGGAAGAUACAUGUUUAUUAUUUACAAUAUAAGCCUCUCCUGGCUUUCUUUAGCUUAUAAAUCUUAACAGUUUGACUUGUUUUAAAGUACACCAGUAAAGUGGAUAGCUCUGUCGUCUGUCAAUUCCAGUUCGCUGUAGGCCUGUAGCAACUUUCACUGAACAGUCUUAGUUUGUCUUUCAUGUAUUAAAAUGUGAAAAAUUCCCUUUUUAGUUUUUUAACCUUUGUGCAGAGCAAACACUUUACAGUUAUCAGGAAUGCCUGUGUAUUUUAUGGUGUAUGAAGACUUGAGAAUACAUGCAAAUUAACACCCGUAUCGGCCUUAUGAAUAAAACAUUUAAUGCAAAAUUACUUGUUGUGUUCGGCUUGUCCGCCAUCUUGUCUUUUUCCAAAUGCGCAGAUCGUGUCUAUUAUUGACUGUUCUGAGUUUCGCCUAGAUAGAUGAUUAGUAUCUAUUUGCACAUUUUUGUCAAAUGAUACUAUUCGUCUGUUUAUCCCUGAGACUGUGUUGCAUUGGUUUAAUUGACCAUUUGCGUAAUAGACUAAAUUUUGAACUAAACAAGUCUAGACAAAUAUUCCAUCACAGCUUGAAGGAGCAUCACAAAAUUAGUAAUAUUUCAAAGUUUCGUUGCAAAAUGUUGUAAAAUGCGGAAAAUAUAGCCUUGCGAAAUUUGCAAUUUUCAGUCAUUUUAGAUUACAAACGGGAAAUUGACAGCCCCAAACCCUUCGAGGCUGUCAAUUUCCGGUUUGUAAUCUAAAAUGACUGAAAAUUGCAAAUUUCGCAAGGCUAUAUUUUCCGCAUUUUUCAACAUUUUGCAACGAAACUUUGGAAUAUUACUAAUUUUGUGAUGCUCUUUCAAGCUGUAAUGAAAUUUUUGUUGAGAUCAAAAUUUAGUCUAUUACGCAAAUGGUCAAUUAGCGGCCCCAAAAGGGCCACAAAAAUUAAUUCUAGCUUAAAAUUAAGCUACUCAAACAGAACUAUUCCAACCACAACAAACACAGCUCUGUUCGAGCAUAUAAACGUUUGCAAUAUAUCGUUCAAAAACGUUUCUGUUUAUUACGGUGCAUUAAAAUGUGCGCAUGCGUGUUUUAACUUUUCGCCUAGAUGUCCAGGCAAGAUGGCCGACAAAGAAACUUGCUACAAUAAAGUGCUCGCUCUAACUCGUAGUUUCAGAUUAUUGAAGGAAUGCCGAUUUUAGAUCUGUGCUACUGUUAUUAUCGAGCUAAUUAUGAGCGAGAUUAUGAAUCUUAACUUCCGGCAACGAUUGCCGAAAAUAUCAAAUUAUAACUGAUUGUAUUUAGUCAGCCAGCCAGCCAGCCAGCCAAUGGAAAUCGCUUUACCGUUGACAAGUACGUGGACUUGCUAGUGAUAAAUACUCCGGGGGCGUGGCUAAUCCAGUGGACUAUAGUAAAAAAUAGCUUAUAGUAGAAAGGUUUAGAUUUUACUUCCACUACCGCUACUACUACAUUUCACUGGCUUAGCGCGCAUCUGAUUGGUUACUAGGGUAGUUCAAAUUCAUCUGAUUGGUUACUAGGGUAGUUCAAAUUCAUCUGAUUGGUUAAUCGGAUAAUUCAAUUUUAUCUGAUUGAUACAUAUUAUACUCUAAUUGGACCAGACUUGAAUGAAGGUCAGGAACUAAAAUGGAAGGAAGGAAGAAACUAAUAUGAAUAAUUCGGGUCAUUUUAGAUUAUGUAUAUGUAAAGCAGAAUUUUUUAACCAAUUUAAAAAGAUUCUGGCAUUGGUUCCGAACCAUCAACUCAACUCCAGGUACUGUUUCUCCCAGAUACACAAAAAACACUUUUAUUAUAUAACCAGGUUAUUUUUUGGGAUUUGCAUCUUAAAUAAUUUUCUUCUAGCCCCACGACUGCAAGAACAUACAAACAGUUCAAGAACGAAGCAGUUCAGUAUAAUAAAGGCAAAGAACAAUUUCGUGCAGUCUUCAAUACUUGGAUGGAAAAACCAACUCAUUUGGAAGAAUUCACUUGAAAACUCGUAACAUGGUAGGUUCCAAAUUUUACUAUUACCACAAUGAUUAAAACGCUGGUCAAACGAGGAUGAGAGAUGGCAGCGAGAAUUUGUGUGAGAGUUUUGUCAUGUCUGGUCCAAUGAGAGUUUUGUCAUGUCUGGUCCAAUGAGAGUUGACUGGUCAAACAGGAACGAGAAAUGAUGAAACUUUUGCAAAAUUUACUUUGUUUACAAAAGUUAUAUUAGGCCACUACAAGUUAAUCUUUAGUUUCUGGUCCGCCGCCCGCAUCCUUCCUCCAUAAAGUAUUAUUUCAGGACUAUUUUGUUGUUUACAAUUAAUUUCUAGUUGUUGAAAAUUUUCGCGAAGGAUUUAACUUGUAGAACGAUAAAUAUUCAAUUUACACUAAAAAGACCUAGCAAAACUGUAGUAUUGAAUGG